AUGCCCUCUCAAGCCGACGACAAGCGCCAGGCUGCGCGCGAGGUCAUUGACAUCCUGCACGAGAUCUCCAUCCUGCUCAACACACAUCUCGACCGUACGGAGCUUUCGCUGUGCGUGUCGCUGAUUGAGAACGGGGUGAACCCCGAUGCACUCGCGGCCGUGAUAGAGGACUUGCGCAAGGAGUCUGCAAGCUUUCAGCGCCUGUCGAAUGCGCCGGCGACGGCAGACUAG